AUGGCGGCCUUCCUUCUGCUCAGGCAAGGACGCAUUGGAACGCUGAAGACUGUGCUCCUAGAAGGACAAGUGUUUCGAGGACUUGCUCCUACAGCUUCUCUCUCUGCAGAAUCAGGAAAGAGUGACAAAGGACUGCCACUGAAUUCCAAUAAGCAAAGCCCACCAAAAAGGGCAGAGCCGGUACAAGCUGCCCCUCCUCCUGAGCUGUUUGACCACACCACCUACAGGAAUCUCCAGCAUCAUGACUACACUCCAUACACCUUCUUAGAUGUGAACCUGGAACUUCUGAAACUGAGGUUGCCUCAGCCCUCUUCUAGCUGA